AUGAAAACCAAGUGUCUAGAAACCAAGUGUCUAGAAACCAAGUGUCUAGAAACCAAGUGUCUAGAAACCAAGUGUCUAGAAACUAAGUGUCUAGAAACUAAGUGUCUAGAAACUAAGUGUCUAGAAACCAAGUGUCUAGAAACUAAGUGUCUAGAAGCCAAGUGUCUAGAAACUAAGUGUCUAGAAACAAAAACCAAGUGUCUAGAAACUAAGUGUCUAGAAACCAAGUGUCUAGAAACCAAGUGUCUAGAAGCCAAGUGUCUAGAAACUAAGUGUCUAGAAACUAAGUGUCUAGAAACUAAGUGUCUAGAAACCAAGUGUCUAGAAACUAAGUGUCUAGAAGCCAAGUGUCUAGAAACUAAGUGUCUAGAAACUAAGUGUCUAGAAGCCAAGUGUCUAGAAACUAAGUGUCUAGAAACCAAGUGUCUAGAAACUAAGUGUCUAGAAGCCAAGUGUCUAGAAACUAAAUGUCUAGAAACUAAGUGUCUAGAAGCCAAGUGUCUAGAAACCAAGUGUCUAGAAGCCAAGUGUCUAGAAGCCAAGUGUCUAGAAGCCAAGUGUCUAGAAGCCAAGUGUCUAGAAGCCAAGUGUCUAAAAGCCAAGUGUCUAGAAGCCAAGUGUCUAGAAGCCAAGUGUCUAGAAGCCAAGUGUCUAGAAACUAAGUGUCUAGAAACUAAGUGUCUAGAAACAAAGUGUCGUCAUGGAAUACUCUUGGAGGCAUGA